AUUAAAAUGCAAAUGGAAGGAAAUUUUCGAGUCAUAACAAAAAAUAUUCAAUAAAAAACUAUAUAAGACAAGAAGAUCAGUAGAAGUUUACAGGCAGUUCAGAAGUUUGAAAUAAUGAAAUUGGUGGUGAUCUGUAUAGUGCUCUGCUUAGCAGUGCUAAGUUUAGCAGACACGAGAUUGGCUGGGAAUGAACCUAAAGUAACUAUUAGACCUGAGGAAAUAAGGAAUAAGGAUUUAGUUCGACCGAAACGACAAGGAUAUUAUGGCUAUCCAAGUCCAUAUGGGUAUGGCUAUCCAUAUGGUGGCGGUUAUGCUGGUGGUUAUCCAUAUUAUGGCAGUUCUCCGUAUACUACAACAACAGUACAAACGUAUAUAGUACCAGAUUACUCUUCUUAUUCAUACGGGUAUAAUCCGUAUGGUUAUAACCCGUAUAAUCCGUACGGAUACAGUCCGUACAGUUACCCAAGCUACCCAAGCUACCCAUCAAUUUAUGGCUAAUCCAUUAGAAGAUACAUCAAACUAACCAAUAAACUUUGAGCUGCCUGAUUAAAAUAUAAUAAAAUUAUAAUAUUAUAAAUAUAAAUUUAAGCUUUUUUGUAAAUAGUAUAAAAAUAUGUUAUUAAUGUGUUACUAAUAAACACCAAAAAUCAA